ACAAGCACUCCAGCAAUGGCACCUCACGCGCGCGGCCUCCGUUUCCUCAUCGCCGUCGCCGUCUUCUCGGCCGCCGCGGCCGUGGCAGCUGGGGCGCGGCACGGCGCCGCCGGGCAGUGCGGCCCGGUGGGGGCGAUAGUCACCGAGCAGCUCUACUCGUCCCUGUUCCUGCACAAGGACGACGCCGUCUGCCCCGCCAAGGGGUUCUACACCUACGCGUCCUUCAUCCGCGCCACCAAGAAGUUCCCCAAGUUCGGCGCCACCGGCGACAUGGUGACGCGCAGGCGCGAGAUCGCCGCCUUCCUCGCGCAGAUCUCCCACGAGACGACCGGCGGCUGGGAGACCGCGCCGGACGGGCCCUACUCGUGGGGGCUGUGCUACAAGGAGGAGAUCAGCCCGCAGAGCAGCUACUGCGACGCCACGGACAAGCAGUGGCCGUGCUACCCCGGCAAGUCCUACCAUGGCCGAGGCCCCAUCCAAAUCUCAUGGAACUUCAACUACGGACCGGCGGGGCAGGCGCUGGGGUUCGACGGGCUGCGGAACCCGGAGCUGGUGGCCAACUGCUCGGACACGGCGUUCCAGACGGCGCUGUGGUUCUGGAUGACGCCCAGGGAGGCCAAGCCGUCGUGCCACCAGGUGAUGGUCGGCGAGUACUGCCCCAGCAGGGCCGACGCGGCCGCGAACCGCACGGCGGGGUUCGGGCUGGUCACCAACAUCGUCAACGGCGGCCUCGAGUGCAACAUCGCCGACGACGCGCGGGUCAACAACCGGAUCGGCUUCUACCGGAGGUACUGCCAGGUCCUCGGCGUCGACGUCGGGCCCAACAUCGACUGCGCGCACCAGCUGCCGUACUAGCCUCACGGAGUAGCCUCACGUUUCUCGGGAGAUUACAGAGUAGAAUUUCGUACUACUGCUUAAAUGUGUGAUUUUUCAAGGCUGAAAAAAGUUGUCUUUUUAGUCUAAGUAAUAAAUCUAAUAAAUUAAGUUUUCUUUAUUA